AUGGAUUAUUUAAGGUUUUUAUCUAAUACUUCUGGCCCGGUAGGAAUUGACACUAUAUCAAUUGCAUUGUCUGAAAAUGUUGGUAAUAUAGAAGAAACAGUGGAACCUUACUUAAUCAAAAUUAAUUUUGUACAGCGUACACUAAGGGGACGUAUUCUCACUUAUCAAGCAAAUAAAUAUUUGCAGUCAUCCUGUAGUUAAAAUAAAUUUUUAUUUCACGAAUGAGAGGUACAAUGUUGUCGAGGAAUUUUUAUGAACCCCAACUUUAAUUAUAGCUGGAGAAUUAUUAGGAAAGACUCUAAAAUUCUCUAACUUUAGCGGAAUAAUAACUGAAGUUGAAGCUUAUAUCUGCAGAGAUGACCCAGCUUGCCACGCAGCUAAAGGUUAUACUAAGCGUACCUCAGUUAUGUUUG